CUCUUUUUAUCUUGACAAAAAAAAAUGAGAGGAAUAACAAAACUUUUGGCCUCCCGCUCUCUCAAAAGUUCGAUGGCCAAGAAGAAGAAGCGUUCACAACCGGAGAACAAGCUUUCCGAACCGGAGAACAAGCGUCUCAAACCGGAGGAAGAUCCAUCGACGGUGAAGAGGUGUCUGCAACUGUUGGGAGAUCCACCGACGAAGAAGAGGAGUCCACAACCGUUGGAAAAUCCACCGACGACAGAAUCUUCCGGCGACGACGAGGAAAUGGCGACAGAGGAAGAAGGUAAGGAGUCACGUUCUUCAUCUGAGGAAGAAGAGCAAAAAGAUCCUGGUACCAAAAAGAAUUAUUUCCAAAGGAAGUGGAGUGAAGAUGAUGAAAUCGUCUUGCUGCAAGGCAUGGUUGAUUUCAAAAAUGAUAAAGGGAAGAGUCCUUAUGAUGAUAUGACUGCUUUUAUUGAUACGGUGAAGAACAUCAUUAGUUUUCAAGCGAAUCAGAGUCAAUUCACUACCAAGAUCCGUCGCUUAAAAGACAAGUAUCUCCGAAAGAGGAACAAGGGUGCAGAUGAGAAUUCUUUUGCAAAGGCUCACGACCUGAAAUGUUUUCAACUUUCCAAAGUGAUUUGGGAAUCUACUAAGGUGAAGGAGGAGUCUUUGAAACCCAAUGAAGAAAAGGUAGUAGAUUGGUUCCUAAAUUCUGCUCUUGUAGGAUCAAUUGCGAGCUUUGGGGUGGCUGAAGAGGUCGUGAAACAGAGAUGGAGCAUGGUAUCGAUGAAGAUGAAGAAGGAGCUCGAAGAGAAGUUCAAGUUGCUCAAAGAAAAGGAAUAUGAAUAUUUGUGGCUCAAGACAAGGUUUUUCCAUGAGGUCAACUCUUUGAUCGCUGAAGCAAAUUAGACAAGUAUUGAUUUAGAAGAGGUGUAGUAACGCCUCUUUUUCAUUUCCAAC